CCCCAUAAUGCCCCUCUUUGAUAUUGCUUCCUCGUCAUUUUGCCCUUGUUAAGAAUUGCGGCCUGAAACAGGCUUCUAAAACCCUAAACCAUCGAAAGCGAGUGGCUGAGGUUGGCCAUUGAUGGCUUUAAUCAAAUCAAAGCUUCGUUUCCCGCGCUCUUUCUCUCAACACAUCUUCAAAGCUUCUUGCUUCUCCUCUUCUUCAACUUCACUUAAAGAUGACUCUGAUGAUGUAGACAGCUUUACUCAAAACGAACCAAACACUUCCUUAUCACCGGAAGAAACGCUAAUUGCCGACAAAUUCUACUCUUUAAUCAAAGAACACCACCGCAAAAACCCUAACAUUGAUCCCAACCCAACCCCACCAAGCCCCAGCUUCAUUAUCCCAUCUCUCUCCUUCGAUUUCUCUCAAAUCUCCACCGUUCACUCCAUAUCCCCUGCCAUCGUCCGGCACGUCAUCGAGAGAUCAUCUGGGCACCGCCAUGGCAUCCCCUUCCUCCAAAAUUUGUCUUUCUUUAACUGGGUCACUGGCCGGCCCGACUAUUUACACACCCCGGAGCCGUAUCACGAGAUGAUUAAUCUCGCUGGAAAGGUAAGGCAAUUCGAUUUGGCUUGGCAUUUUAUUAAUUUGAUGAAAUCAAGGAAUGUUGAAAUUACUGUCGAGACCUUCUCGAUUCUCAUUCGCCGAUAUGUGAGGGCCGGAUUGGCUGAUGAGGCAGUGCACGCGUUCAACCGCAUGGAGGAGUACGGUUGCGUGCCUGAUAAGAUUGCAUUUUCGAUUGUGAUUAGUAUUUUGUGUAGAAAAAGAAGAGCUAGUGAAGCUCAAUCGUUUUUUGAUAGCUUGAAGGAUAAGUUUGAGCCCGAUGUUAUAGUUUACACUAACUUAGUUCGUGGGUGGUGUCGAGCUGGUAAUAUUUUAGAGGCUGAGCGUGUAUUUGGAGUAAUGAAAAUGGCUGGGAUUAGUCCUAAUGUGUAUACCUACAGCAUUGUGAUUGAUGCGCUGUGUAGGUGUGGGCAAAUUACGCGUGCUCAUGAUGUUUUUGCAGAGAUGCUUGAUGUGGGUUGUGAGCCUAAUUCAAUUACAUUUAAUAAUCUAAUGCGGGUUCAUGUUAAGGGUGGUAGGACUGAGAAGGUUUUGCAGGUUUAUAAUCAGAUGAAGAGACUUGGUUGUGCUGCUGAUACCAUUACAUAUAAUUAUCUGAUAGAAAGUCAUUGUAAGGAUGAUAAUCUUGAUGAUGCUAUUAAGGUUCUUAAAACAAUGGCUAAGACAGGUUGUAGCCCCAAUGCUUCUACUUUCAAUACUAUAUUCAGAUGCAUUGCGAAGGUACCCGAUGUGAAUGGGGCUCAUCGGUUGUAUGCUAAGAUGAAGGAGUUGAAAUGUGAGCCCAACACUGUGACUUACAAUACUUUGAUGCAAAUGUUUGCUAACUCCAAAUCAAUUGACAUGGUUGUCAAAUUGAAGAAGGAAAUGGAUGAGAAUGGCAUAGAGCCUAAUGUGAAUACCUACCGGGUUUUAAUUUCGAUGUACUGUGAUAUGGGGCAUUGGAACAAUGCCUACAAGGCAUUUAAGGAGAUGAUUGAGGAGAAAUGCUUAAAACCAAGUCUGCCGGUUUAUGAAAUGGUUCUGAAACAACUGAGAGAGGCAGGGCAGAUAAAGAAGCAUGAGGAGUUAGUGGAGAAAAUGAUUGACAGGGGGUUUGUUGUUCGGCCCUUGUAAGACCAGCUACUUCUUCUGAACUCUUGAGCUAAACUAUGUAAACUUUGCUUCUUUUUUUUUCAAUUGAAUAAUGACACAAUCGGUUCUGCAAUAUUAAGUCACAGAUUUUUGGGUAGAAAUAUUUGCCAUAAUACAACUGACACGAAGUUUGUAUUGCCGGCCCAGUUUUUCUGAACUCUUGUUGUCGCUUAUGAAUAUUUGUUAAAAGCAGGCUUUGGAUAUGCAGACGUUUUCUUCUCCAGUUGGUUUUGAUUACAUCGUGACUUUUACUUGAUGCUUUAAACAUCAAUGAGGCAUAACAUUACCCCAUGGCUUUGGUUUCUGAUGAGAAUAUCUGCAGUUUCAAAUUUGGCCCCUGUCAAUAAACUGGGGAGAUGGGAUAACAGAGAUCCUUUCACUUUGACAAUUCUAACAUACUUGCAAUUCGCACACACAGUCAAAAGAAGACUGUUAGCAUUUUGUAACACAUGUCAUAAAUCUGUCAGCGGUUGUAUUGUUGAUUUGUCAGCCAUUUGUAACAGCCCUCAAGGUUGAAGGGAAGGGUAACACUAUAUGCUGGUGAUAAUUUCACUGUUUCCAAUUUUGAAAGUUGGGGCUAGUUGUGAAUGUUUGUUAAUCCGGAAUGUUAGAGCAAAUUGACCCAACUGUUAUGUUGAUGUAAUAUCAUUUAUUUACAUGAUAAAACCCUCUUUGAUGAUGAA